AUGAGGCGCUACAAGGUUGCGGACUGCGACAAGGUUGCCCCCCACGACUGGAAGAACUGCCCCUUCGCCCACCCCAACGAGCGCGCGCGGCGGCGUGACCCCUACAAAUCCGGUUACUUCUCCGACCUGUGCAACUUUGCGCGCAACGGCACGCCCUGCCCCAGGGGCGACCUGUGCAGCCUCAGCCACAACACUUUUGAGAUGUGGCUCCACCCGGACCGCUACCGCACUCAGAUGUGCAAAGACGGCACCGCAUGCGACCGCCAGAUCUGCUUCUUCGCCCACACCCCAGAGCAGCUACGCCAGGUGUCCCGCUCCGGCACCCGCGCCGCUGCACGCCUGGCGCAGGCCACCGUUGACGAGCAGCUCAAGGAGCAGCAGCAGGGCAAGGCGGCCCUGGCCAGCAGCGGCGGCAGCGCCAGCAUCAGCGUGCCGGCUGCGCCGUUUUCGGCGUCGGGCAGCCUGCGGCAGCGGGAGCUGAACCAGCAGGCAUCUCAGAAGCAGCAGCAGCAGCAGCAGGAUGACAUGUUUGUAUCGAGCAGCCCGCUCUCUUCUUCCAGCAUUGCAAGCAGCAUCGCCUCGGCCGGCCCCGCCGACCUGCCGCCAGCUGCACUGGCCGCGGCGCUCGCGUCCUGGCAGCUGGGCAGCGGCGUCGGCGCCCCGCCCGGGCUCGGCGGCGCGGCGGUGGGCGGGCCUCCCAGCAGCGGCUCGGGCUCGCCGACUGCUUCGGGGCCGUCGCUGCCGGCGCUUGCACGCAGCUUCUCAACCGGGAGCGUCUAUGGCGGCGCGUCUUUCGGCUCCACGGCUUCAUCCCUGGUCACAUCCAACCCCUGGCUCGCGGGCCCGCAGCUGCAGCAGCACGCGCAGCAGCAGCAGCAGCAGCAGCACUCGCCGCUGGCCAACGCGCAGCAGGCCGCCGCAGCUCUUGGGGGGUACCCGCUCGGCGGUGCGGCGGCAGCGUGGUCGCACGCGGCCCCCUCGAACGACGUGCUGCAAGCGCUGCUGCUUGAGGCAGAGGCGUGCCGCCACGCGGCUGCGGCGGCGUCCGCAGCAGCUCUGCAGGCGCAUGCCGCUGCUGUCAGUGGCGCGGACCGCGCGGCUCUGUAUGCGAGCCAGCUGUGCUCCCCGCCCGGCGGCGCGCAGCUGGGCGGCCCGCCCGGUGUGCUGCCGACCGCGUGCACUCCUUCGCUGCUGGAUGGAUCGGUUGUCGCCGGCGGCGGCGGUGCUGCGGCGGACCCUCUGGCGCUGGGCGGCUCCCUGCUGCGGGGCGGCGCGGGCGCACAUGCGCAUGCGCGCGGGCGCGGCAACGUUCGGGGUCUGACGUACUGGGGGCGGCCCGUGUCCGACCAGGCGUCGUUCAUCACGGCGAUGCUGCAGGAGCCUCUCACAGGCGCCCAAGGCGCGGCGACCGGCUGCGCCGCGGGGCUGGGGGGUGGUGUGGGCGAUCUGCUGCCCCCCUUCGACCUGCUAGGGGGUCAGAUGGUGCUGCAUUAG